CGCAUGCGUACUUCCUAGUCUGUCAUUCAGCAGCAGCCAGUAAACAUGGCUGGUGUUGGUUUCCGACGCUGGGCCCAAGCCCUCUCUAGAGGGAACGGUUCUGGCAUUUCAGGUCUUUUGUCGGGUGCAAGAGCAGCCUCUGGUGCGUCAAAGGCUGAUUUACCUGGUCCUUAUCCUACGACCCCCGAGGAGAAAGCUGCUGCUGCAAAGAAGUACAGCAUCAGGGUUGAGGACUAUGAACCACAUCCAGACAGCGGCGAGGGCUUUGGUGAUUACCCAAAGCUACCAGAUAGAGCUCAGAAUGAGAGGGACCCCUGGUACCAGUGGGACCACCCUGACCUAAGGAGAAACUGGGGAGAGCCAAUCCACUGGAACUUCGACAUGUUCAUCAGGAACCGUGUGGAUACCUCUCCCAGCCCCGUGUCCUGGUCCAUGAUGUGCAAACAGCUGUUUGGCUUCAUUGGCUUUAUGCUGUUCAUGUUCUACCUUGGGGAGAAGUUUCCAUCUUACCAGCCUGUUGGACCGAAACAGUAUCCCUACAACAACCUCUACCUGGAGAACGGAGGAGAUCCUGAGAAAGAACCAGAAGAAGUCAAAAAUUAUGAAAUCUAAUGACUUAAACCCGAGUCUACUUGUGUAUAUAUUUCUGUCGAAUAAAGAUGUUAAAAUUUAAA